AUGCAAGACCGAGAGCCCAACAUGAUCCUUCGUACGGGAGAUGAGAUCCCCCAAACUAAAGAAUUAACGACAGUAAAUCAUGGGGAAGAGAAAUCAGGGGAUAAUGUCCCCCCAACUAUGCAUCUAGAGGAUCCCUCGCCGACCGUUGUUCCGAAAAAUGAACGACGAGGCAUUUUGGCCUGGCUCGCGCUGCUGGAAGAGGUCGACAUACCCACCAAGAUGCCCAGGAAAAGAAAAUGGACAAUUACUGUUAUCAUAUCUCUUAUUGGAGCCGUAAGCCCUUUCGGAAGCGCCAUAACACUACCUGCACUUACUCCGAUAGCAGAAGCGUAUGAAACCACAGCGUUCAUGUCAAGUAUGUCAGUUGGAAUCUAUAUGCUUGCCAUGGCCCUGUUUCCUCUUUGGUGGUCAUCCGCGUCUGAGUUGAUCGGGAGGAGAACAGUAUAUGUCAUCUCCAACAUAGGCAUGGCCUUUUUCAGUGCUAUGUCCGCCAUUUCGCCUUCCAUCGGUAUUUUCCUCGCGAUGAGGUUCUUUACAGGGGGAGCAUCCUCGGCGGCAAUGUCGGUCGGUGCAGGGACCAUCGCUGAUAUAUGGGUACCAGAAGAGAGAGGCACAGCGAUGGGGUACUUCUUCCUCGGACCUCUUUGCGGACCUUUACUGGCCCCGAUUCUAGGCGGUGCCCUAAGUGACAAGUUCGGUUGGGCUAGUACGCAAUGGUUUCUUACAAUCUAUGGCGUUGUCAUGACACUUCUUGUGCUACUUGGGCUUCCAGAAACUUCUCCCAAAAGGGCAGCAGUGGAGGUCAGUGAGUCCGAAAUGGAAGGUAUAGGUAACCAACCGUAUCGAGGGUUGCUCCAGUUAGUUGUUUCAGGGGCGAUUUACGCUGGUCAUAAGUUCAAGGAGCUUUUCAUUGAUCCCUUCAAACUACUGGCAUACCUGCAAUUCCCUGCCAUUGCCCUUUCAGUACUUAUCAACUCUAUUACUUUCGGGGCCUUGUAUGUUGUCAACAUUAGCCUCGAGCAUAUCUUCAGCAACACGCCGUACUCAUUUCCCAGCUGGAUGGUUGGGUUUGUCUACACCCCUGCCUCCAUAGGCUACAUUGUCGCUAGUCUUUUUGGAGGGAGAUGGAUGGAUAAGAUUAUGCGAAAGCGGGCCGAGAAAAACGACAGAUACGAUGGAAACGGAAAGCUCGUCUACCUUCCCGAAGACCGUAUGCGGGAGAAUGCCUGGUGUGGAGUUCUGGGUUAUCCAGCAGCCGCGAUAUGGUAUGGCUGGGCAGCCCAUUACAGGCUAUUCUGGCCAGCAGUUGUGAGUUCAAAUGACCAUUGA